AUGGCAAGUUCAAUUUUAAAUUUAUUAGCAGGGAUGAGUGUAGGAUUUUACUUAACCUAUAAUGUAGAUGAUGAUACUCAUCAAACAUUUCAUAAAGAGAUUUAUGUUCCAGUCAAAAAUGAAAUGAAGCAAGAUGAUGAGCCUAACUAUUGGACCAGAGUAUUUAAUGUUGCAUCAAAUGGUACAUAAGAAUCUGUAAAAUAUUUGAGAAAGAAAUAUACAAAAGAAAACUAGUAUAAAAAAAAUUGA